CACUUGCUAUGUCAGACCGAUCUUGGGUUACUAUGCCAUCGCGCCCUCAAUAGUCCUCAGCCCUAUGGCAUUUUGGACCUCUAAUGUUGCGCUCACUCCAAGAAUGGCCUCUGCAACGCAGCUGAAGAUGCAGUGACCGCUUUUGGUAUUCUGAACUUCGCUGGAACCGGAAGUGAAUUCAGCACUGUUCUGGAGCGCCUCACUUCAACUGCGCUCUGACCACGACGCCUGGGUAUGCUGGCGCACUGCUGCGAUGGCGUCGCAUACACGUCAAACGCGCUGUCUAUAUGACAGCCUGAAACAAGAUAAAUCUGCGUCUUCUCUAAAGUCCCAGUUUUCUGCCUCGAUUCCUCAUCAAGUUCUUAUUUCGAAAAAGACACAAUCACCAGCUAUCCAAUAUGUCGGGCACAUUCUACGGUGCUAAGGUUUACCUCAUCCACACUACGCAGCACACUCGACCUUUCCUGACGACUGUACCCUUUAUAGCCCGCGAUUUCGCCUCUUGGGGAUACCGAGUCGAUCACCAUGCUGCAGAUUCGCCAUAUAUUAUCGAAGUUCGAUCCCGUGAGGAUGUGGAGCAUAUGAAACGUACAGAUCGUGGUGGCAGUCGAAGGACGAAGUUGAUGGGAAUAUGGGCAAAUGAAUUAGUUCGCAGAAAACGACAGCAGCGAGGAGAUGCAAGGGGCGGUGAAAUUCAGAUGCCCGUGGCUAAUGGCGGGUUUGGGUCGUUAGAAGCUAGGGUAAAGAAAGCCGGCGACCUAGUCCAAGAUGUCAUCGAUGGGUUGGUUGCGUCUGAAACUCAACGCAUGCCGCAGUCGACUCGGAGGAGUAAAUCAACAGAGUCGUCGCCCACCAUUCUGACCACAUAUACUCGUCACUUAUACGCCAUUCGUUAUACGCCUAACGCACCUUUACCAUCAUGGUCGAACCCUGACAUCUUCUACGCAGAUCAUAUUGUUCUAGAAUUUCAUCAUCACGAAAACAUCAGAAAAGAAUGUCUAGUUGAUGCAGUACGUAGCGCGAUUGGUAAAGAUGAAGGAAGAAUGGGAAGAGUGGAGAAAUGCACAACUACAGGACUGAAGAGAGUAUAUCUAUGGAUUGAUGUUGCAGACACGUUCUUCGGCGAUGUAGUGCGAGAAGAGGGCGAUUUGGAAGACAGAGAUCCUGUCCCAAAGUAUGAGAGGGGUGAAAGUCCGCCGAUAUAUGACGAGAGAUAAGGCGGAUGACAUUUUGAAUAAAAGUAC